AGCGGCGCUGACAGGGGCAGGAAGUGGGAGGCAUCGGAGGCGCUGGGAGGCUGCUGCUGAACCCGGACGGCGCCGGGCCGGGAACCGGCUCGAAGUUUCCCGAUAGGGGGCCCGCGUGAAGAAGGAGAUGGACUGGUCCGGGCUGAACUCGCAGUGUAGGAAUCACAGUCAUGGCUCCCAUUGGUCUCCAGGGCUUGGUCAUCGAAACAUCUCUGCACAGGAAAACAGAGAACCAACAAAGGAAAAAGAAGUUUUGCCUCUUAUAGAGGACUCUAGUAACUGCGACAUUGUGAAAGCUACUCAAUAUGGGAUUUUCGAGAGAUGUAAGGAGUUGAUAGAAGCUGGAUAUGACGUCAGACAACCAGACAAAGAAAAUGUAUCUCUUUUACACUGGGCUGCUAUAAAUAACAGACUGGAUCUUGUAAAGUUUUAUAUUUCAAAGGGUGCUGUUGUAGAUCAGUUGGGUGGAGACUUAAAUUCCACCCCUCUUCAUUGGGCUAUCAGACAAGGACAUUUGCCCAUGGUAAUAUUGUUAUUACAGUGUGGUGCAGAUCCCACACUCAUUGAUGGAGAAGGAUUUAGUGGUAUCCAUCUGGCAGUAUUAUUUCAGCAUAUGCCUGUCAUAGCAUAUCUCAUCGCAAAGGGUCAGAGUAUAGAUACAACAGAUUUAAAUGGGCAAACACCACUCAUGCUGUCAGCUCACAAAGUACUUGGACCAGAACCCACUGGAUUUCUUUUAAAGUUUAAUCCUUCUAUCAAUGUAGUAGAUAAAGUUCACCAGAACACUCCACUCCACUGGGCAAUUGCAGCUGGAAAUAUUAGUGCUGUUGACAAACUUCUGCAAGCCGGUUCAAGUCUGGAUAUCAGGAAUAUCAAGGGAGAAACACCACUUGAUUUAGCUCAGAAAAACAGACAUCGGUUAAUUAUCCACAUGCUAACAGCAGAAGCUAAAAUAAGAUCAAACAAAAAUUUAAGACUUUGCAGGUGGCUACAGAAAUGUGAGCUUUUCCUGCUGUUGGUGCUUUCCACCAUUACCAUGUGGGCAAUAGGAUACAUAAUGGACCUUGGAACAGAUUCUUGGCUUUUAAAAGGAAGCCUUCUUGUUGCUAUAUUUUUUGUUACAUCUUUAUUUCCAAGGUUCCUGGUGGGGCACGAGAGCCUCAAGUAUUUACCAACCAUGAUUUUGCUGAGCUCCAUUUUUUGGAUAUCCCUGACGUGGUUCAUCUUAUUUUUGCCUGAUUUAACAGGCACCGCUCUUCAGAUUUCUUUCUUUCUCAGUGUGAUUGGCCUCCUUUACUUUCUUUAUAAAACCUGGGUCACUGAUCCUGGCUACUCCAAGACUUCAGAAGAAGAAAGGAAAACGAAUAUCAUUGCUCUUGCAGAAGCUGGUUCCCUGGAUUUCAGAACAUUUUGCACAACAUGUCUUGUGAAGAAACCAUUAAGAUCCCUCCAUUGUCAUAUAUGUAACUCCUGUGUGGCUCGGUAUGAUCAGCACUGCCUGUGGACUGGGCGUUGUAUAGGUUUUGGAAAUCAUCAUUAUUAUAUAUUCUUCUUAAUUUUCCUUGCCGUAGUCUGUGACUGGAUGUUAUAUGCAACUUUCCUCUAUUGGUCCAAUCAUUGCACUACAUCGUACAGUCAAGAUGGAGCAUGGACUUACCUCAGUCAGAUUGUGUCCUGUUCUCCUUGGGUUCUAUACAUCUUCAUGCUGGUGUCUUUCCAUGUAUCAUGGUCUACUUUUUUGUUAUUAAAUCAGUUCUAUCAGAUUGCAGUUUUGGGCUUGACAUCACAUGAGAGAGUCAGCCUGGUGAAGCAGAGCAAGCACAUGAAACAGGCUUUUUCACUCAGGAGGACACCCUACAAUCAUGGAUUCACUCAGAACCUUGCCGACUUCUUUCAGUGUGGAUGCUUUGGCUUGUUCAAGCCUAGUGCUGUGGAUUGGACCUCACAAUACUCUGUGGUAUUUCACCCAGCCAAGGAGAAAGUUUUGCGCUCUGUAUGAAGAAAAACAAUGCUAAAUUCUGAGUUAAAAAUCUGACUUUUUGUUUGUUGGGCCGGGGCACGGAAAUAAGUGAAGUUCAGAAGUUUCUCUAAAUUGAAGCUAGCCCCCAAAUGAAAAGAUCUUCAUCUGUUAGACAAAAUGGGGGCCUUUCAAACAGCUAAUCUCAUUGCACUUUGUAGUUUCAACAAGAUAAACUUUUCUUGAAUUAUCUCAGCUAGUUCCUUAAAUUCUUUUGAUACCCUCCCUUUUCCUCAGAAAAAAAAUGCCACUGUUAAUUUUUUUUAAUUUUGAAAAUAAUAUUCAUUGAUUGUGGAUAAAAUGUAUUAUAUUUUCACAUUGUAUUGGCUAUUUUGAAAUAGUUUUAUUCUUAAAACGAGUAAUUUUUGAUAAAUUAUUUUUCUUUAUAUCAUCUAUAAAUCUGUAUAAAGUAUUUGAAUGGAUGUAUCUGUUUUGCUUUCACACCUAAUAAACUGCGUCUUUUAUACAGGUAGGAUCAUUCAGUGAUUUGCCCAGCACUUUCACAAUGUAACUGUGAAAAAAAGCAUACAUAUCCUAAAGAAAUAAGUUAGAUGUACAACUCUACCAGUAAACCAAAAUUCACACAAGACAGAUUCACAGGGUUAGAUUCAGUUGCCUGCAUUAACUAGAAGGUACAAAUGUAGAGUUAGAGCUAAAAGAGACUUUUGAGAUCAACUUAUUCCCUAUCUCUUUUUACAGAUGAGCAACCAGAAACUCAAGGAGAUAGAUAAGUGACUUUACCAAAGUCUCACAAGUAAUAAGUAGCAAUGCUAAAAUUUUAAUCCAGGACCUCUGACCUUAUAUUCACUCCUCUUUCCAUUAUGCCUUGCUGUCAGAACAGUCGGAUCAUAAAUCUCAUUUUUCCUUUUUCUAUAAGGAAACAUUUCAAGUCAGACAAAAUGUACCCUCAUUAAAAGUUUUUUCCAAUUAUAUGUAAAAAACAAUUUUUGAAUAUUUUGACCUUCCAUCCCUCCCUCCUCCCUGAGACAACAAAUAAUUUGACAUAGGUUAUACAUGUUAAGCCAUGCAAAACAUAUUUUCAUAUUAGUCAUGUUGUGAAAGAAAAUAGAUCUCUCCUCCCCAAAGCCAUGAAAAAAUAAAGUAAAAAAGAGUAUGUUUUGAUCUGCA